ACAGGAAGGGGGAGUUCACGUGUUAGCUUCAACCAAAACAAAGCACCAGUCACACAGGUCCUGUUGGAGUCGCUGCUUCCACAGAGAUGCUUGUUAAACUAAUGACUAGUCACAUAAAAUGUUCCAUUACUCUUGGUUGUGUUCGUGUUAGCUGAAGCUACAGCUAACAAGCUAACAGGCUGAUACCGUUAUAAACAUCCUGCAGCAGCAAUUCUGCAGAGUCCAGAUGUGUGUCCUCCAGAUGUGUGUCCUCCAGAUGUGUGUCCUUCAGAUGUGUGUCCUCCAGAUGUGAGUCCUCCGGAUGUGGAUGAAGAGACGCUCUAGUAACAGCUCCGUGUUGAUAUGACAACACAGCGGCUAACGAUGCUAACGAUGCUAGUUAGCUAAAGAUUGACAGCUCUGCAUCGACCGGAAACAAACACUGCGGCUAACAUGUAGCCAACUGCUGCCAAGCUAACAUCCUGUGUGUAUUUCCAAAAUAAGAGACCCGAAGUAAAUACAGUGUCAUCAAAGGGUUGAGCCAUUUUGCCACGCCCUUUGAAAAUUCCUCCACAAUACAUAAAUAUUCACUACUUUAAAAUUUUCCGAAAAAGCGUAAGCGUUAGUGCCUGUCAGUGCUCGGGCCCUAAUAAGAACAAAAAUUAUCAAACUUAUGUUUUUUUUUUUAUUUAUUACCAAAUUUAGUUAUUUAUUAAUGAAUUUCAUUAUUUAUGAUUGCGUCGUUUUGUGUCCUUUUUUUUGUUCCAAAACUAAAUAAAAGUAAGAAAACCGUUAUUAUGUCAUUGUCAACUGUAAUCAUCGUUUUAUCAUUAAAUACUCAUAUCAAAAUUCACCAUGAUUCUCUCUGUAUUUCAAAUAAUAUGUAGCCUUGUUUUUAUUCUUAUUUUUUAUUGUUCUGAUUUCAGUUCAAACCUUCAUUUGUGGUUGUUUCGAUGUUUGUGUCUUUUUGUUGGUACAUCCUCAAAUGGACGAUCUUUGAGGCGGAACCUUGUGGACAGAUGACGAGUUUCAGUCGGAUCCAGUUCAGCGACGCACCAACACUUCUGCUUAGGGCGGAAACCGCAACAGCGACAGUUACCUGAAUAAAGUUAGUUUUUAUUUUUAAUAAGUUUGAUCAGUGACUCAGUGAGAAUUUGAAGCGUCGCAGGAAACGACACGGGAAUUAAACUUUAAGUUGCAUCUUUGUAGCUCUGCCAGCAUCUUGUUAGCAUGGAUGCUAGCAUGGAUGUUAGCGGGGAAACGGUGAGAAUGAAUCCAGGAGAAGAGGUCCCGCACCGGGCUCAGGAGGAGGACGAGGGGGAGGAAGACGGGGAGUGGGAGGAGCUGGAUGACGAGGAGCUGGAGGAUCUGGAGCUGGAGGAGGUGGAGAAGGAGUUAGCGAACAUGACGGUGAAAGACGUGCUGAGGAAGGUUCAGGCCGUGCAGACGGACGCCACCACAGAAGAGUCGGGCGUCAACACGGAGCCCGACUGGGAGAGCCAGGUGUCGGCCAUGUUGGAUUACAGCGUCAGCCUGUCGGAGGAGUACGGCGGUCUGAAGAGGAAGCAGGGCGAGGAGGAGGCGGAGCAAGACAAACACAAACAACAACUGCAGAAGAAGAAGGAGGAGGCCGCACGGCAGCACCAGGCUGUCAUGGACAAACUGGAGUCUGUGCGAGUCAAACUGCAGCUGAACAACUCCAAGGCCAUCAGGAAGAACUUCUUAUCCAAAAAACAAGAGAUGACGUCAGAGAAGGACCGAGCGGAGGAGGAGAAGAAGAGGUUGGUGAAUGAGCUGCAGGAGAGCGAGCGGAAGCUGGCUGCGCUCACGGAGGAGCAGAGCGAGGAGCAGCGGAGGUGGCAGGAGGAGCUGGAGGAGCUGAGGCAGGAGAUGGAGCGCGUGAGGACGGAGGCGCAGGAGGCGGAGCUGCAGGCCUUACAGGAUGAGAAAGCCGUGGUGGAGAAGCAGAGGGACGCCGCUAUAACUCACAUCGAUGUCUGGCUGAAAGAGCUCGGUCAGUACCUGAACGCCCUGCAGGCGGAGUCUCCUCAGCAGUAUCACCACGAGAGGCUGAAGUGGGAGAAGAAGGAAGCUGCGGUGAGGAGGAGUCAGGCCGAGCUCCAGAGCCGCUUCCAGGAAGUGAUGCAGCAGCUGCAGCAAGGACGACAACUCCAGACCCUCACAAAGGUCACCGUCCCAACUCUGCCACAGGUCCCCACGGUCGAGCUGAGGAUCAACCAGCUGAUCCAGACACUGGUUCAGCCGCAGUUCGGGCCCCCCCAUCCUCCUCCCAUUCCAGUGGUCCGAUCCUUCCCCCCCCCACAUUACUACCAGGACCAGUAUCAGCCCCCUUUCCCACCUCCGUACCAUCAGCGCUACCCGCCCCCCCGCCACUUCCCGCCACCCGAUCCCUACUUCCGUCCUGAACACUACUUCCAACCGCCGCCGCAGUUCCCGCCGCACAUCAGAGCGCCACUGAGGGUGACGCCCCCUCUCAGUCUCUCCCCCUCCCCUCCUGUUUACCCUGUGGUUCCCUCACCGCCUCCCACCGCUGCCGCCUCCGCCGGUAAAUUGGACAAAGUCCUGGAGAAGCUCGGGACUCGCUUCCCACAAUGCAACAAGGCUCAGCUGACUCAGCUGCUGCAGCAGGUGAAGAGCUCCCGCGGCACGUUGGCUGGCAUGUCCAUGGAGGAGGUCAUCGAGCAGGUCGGCCUGAAGCUGGCCCAGAACGAGAGGGUGGCCCCGGGGCCCAUCGGCCGGCCCUUGCCCCUGGGCCCGAUCCAGAGGCCGCCGCCCUCCCCGCAGAGAGCCAGAUCGGCGUCGGGCGGAGGUCUGAGUGCCGGGGCCCGUAAAAUGUGCCUGAUGUGCCAAAAUGCCGUGGAGCCAGAGAGCCGCCACCCGCUGAGCUGCUCCCACACCAUCCACAAGGACUGCAUCCGCAUGUGGCUGCAGUCGAGCAAGAACAACUCGUGUCCCUUCUGUCCCGCCAAGUGACCCCGUGACCUCACAGAGAACAUCUAGUGUCCCUUCUGUCCCGCCAAGUGACCCCGUGACCUCACAGAGAACAUCUAGUGUCCCUUCUGUCCCGCCAAGUGACCCCGUGACCUCACAGAGAACAACUAGUGUCCCUUCUGUCCCGCCAAGUGACCCCGUGACCUCACAGAGAACAUCUAGUGUCCCUUCUGUCCCGCCAAGUGACCCCGUGACCUCACAGAGAACAUCUAGUGUCCCUUCUGUCCCGCCAAGUGACCCCGUGACCUCACAGAGAGCAGCAUGCUAACGUCACCGCGGUGAACACGAAGCUUCGAGAAACGAUCACACGCUGAACCACUCUGGUUUUUAUGUCACUUCUUUACAAGCGCGGAAUAUUUAGUGAUUAUCGGUAUCUGAUUAAGUCAUAAAUGAUAAUGUGACUGUAAAUUAAAAGUUUCUGUAUGAUAACAUUUUUGUGGAAUUUAUAAUGUUUUUAAAUAAAAUAUAUUAAAUGUU